GAAGGCAUCGUGUGGACGCACCUUAAUAUAGAUACCAAAAUGUUAUCUGUACUGAGAUACAAUUAUAUGUAGUUAGCAUUCUCUUCAUUCAGGGGGAAGUUCCGUUCAUAAAUAGAUGAAAUUAUCAAUAACUGCGACACGAACUGCAAAGUAACAAUUUGUUCGUCGUCGUUGCCAUGGUAACGCGGAACUUCAAUAUAGAUAGAGUGACAUACAGUAUUGGAUGUUUUUAUUAUGUUGUGUGAGAUCGUUGAAUUCUUACGAGAACACCUGUGCGUGAUACUGAUGAAAGUGAUGCGAAUGAAACAUGAAUAUAAUUUGGUAACAUUUUAUCUCAGAUCUAAACCGAAAAUCGUUUUAUAAGGUAAGAUACUUUAACUCGAAAUGACAGACAACGAAAACCCGAAUGUAUUUUUCAGCCGUAUUAAGGAGGACAAAUACCUGCUUGUGUGUUUCCAGUUCCAGAGUGAGUCAUUUAAGAUAGACGAUUACUGCAGUGUUGUUGCAAAAUUGACUGCAACCGCUGAUUAUUUGUUGAAUAAAAUUGUCAUUUGUAUCACCAACAAAGUAAAGGAGUUAAAAGAUGCAGGAGGCGCACUAGGAGAUGUAGACGUUGAAUCCAUAUCUGCUAAAUUCUAUAGUAACGAUUGUCCAGUAUCCGCUGAUUGUUUAUGCAUGGACUUGCCGUUUUGGGUGGGCGACGAAAUGCAUUUGCGUAUUGGCAGUGUUCGAUAUAAUAUCGUGUUGAAUGGCCCAUGCGUAGAUGAAAUAAUCCUUCCAAGAGUCAUAAUAGUUGGUUUUCCGAUUUCCCCAUUUACUUUUAAAACUUCAUAUACGAAUGUGGGCGAUUGCGACUUUCUGUGGUACAGGAAAAAACAGGGUGACUUCGAAUUAAUAGGAAAUGGUUAUUCCUAUACACCUACGACCGAAGAUGUUGGUUGUAUACUGAAGCUCAUCUGUAUUCCUGGAAACGGCGAUCUGAAAGGACCAAAGGUGGAAACAGUGUCGAAGAUAUGUGUGAAAGAAGGUCCAAAAAAGUUUCCAUUCGAAGACCGUCAUAUAUUCACACAAACAGGAGCAGCUCCUGGAAGUUUCAGAAUAAUGACCUAUAACAUACUGGCUGACUUCUGUGCUGGUACACCUAAGCUUCGUAAAGAACGAUUUCCAUAUUGUCCUCCUCAUGCUCUGAACAUAAACUACAGGAAACAGUUAUUACAAAAGGAAAUUAUAGGUUACAAUGUUGACAUCAUGUGUCUGCAGGAAGUUGACAAAAGUGUGUAUCAAGAUCAUUUGCUUCCGCUUCUUUCAACCAGAUACAAUGGAACUUUCAAAGUUAAAGGAACCAAGAUAACAGAAGGCUUGGCAUGUUUUUAUGACAAAUCUAAAUUUCGGUUGAAGGAGCAGCAUGGAAUUACACUUGCUCAUGAAUUACAGAUUAAUCCACGGUUACGUAACUUGUGGACUCUCAUGAAACCAGAAGUUGAAAAAAUACCUCGUUUUUUGAAAGCAGCAACUUCGUUACAGAUAGCUGUGUUGAUAUCUCUUGAAGAGGAGGAUAAUUGUGUGAUAAUUGCUAACACACAUUUACGCUCCUGGCCGGAACCUGAUUAUUUUCGUGCUCUGCAAGCUUCUGUUGCUCUUGCAUAUCUCCAGUCUGUUGUGGGAGAUAUUUCAAAGAAGAUGCCAGAAAAGAAAAUUGCUACAAUUUUGUGUGGUGAUUUCAACAGCACACCUGACAGCUGUGUGUAUGAACUGAUGGUUAACCAGUCUGUAGCGGAAAAUCAUCCUUGCUGGUCAGAAGAAGAAAAUAAAGACAUAAAAGGCAUAAAUUUAUCACACAAUUUCAAUUUUGGAAGUGCUUAUGGGACACCAGACUUCACAAAUUAUACCCAUGACUUCAUUGGUUGUUUAGAUUAUAUAUUUCACCAGAAAGACGCUUUACAGAUUUUGCAGAUUGUGCCUUUACCUCAUGAAGAAGAAGUCAAGGAACAUGAAGCAAUACCGAGUGUAGUUUUUCCAUCUGAUCAUUUAGCAUUAAUAGCUGAUCUCUGCUGGAUUUGAAAUGUUCUUUAUCAUGUUUACACUGAUGGUAGUUCCACCUUCAGAAUUUGGAUCCAAAGACCGAUAACAACAAUAAAGCUCACUUGUUGUACCUGUAUCAACAAAACCAAAGGAACACUCAGUAUUAAGAUAAUUUUUGCAAUUUAAAAAAUAAUAAUCACCUGUUGUUCUUACUGUGUAUUUUUGUUGCAAAUGGAAAUUUAUUUUAUUUUAUAUUAUUUUUAAGAUAUAAUGUGUAGUGCUUUCCUUGUACUAGAGAAUCAUAUUAACAGGCAGGUACCAAAUGCCUGGCUGGUAUGAUGCUGAGGUAGAUGAAUGUUAGAUUAGAAAGGUUGUUCACAUUGUUUUGAUAAAGAAAAGUAUCUCCCAUAAAUACUAGCAUUCCCUAAAGAUGCGCAACAGACACAAACAUGAACAAAAUGUGAAACAAACAGAAGUUUCAUCCGACAAAGAACUGGAGAGAACAGUUCUGUUCAAGAGGAUGAAAAGUAACCCAGUAUAAGAGAGAAAUUUAUCCUUAAUUUACGAUUUUGGGUAUUACUAACAUUUAAUAUUUGGUAUUUCCUUUGUCGUGAAAAGGACCACACUCACUGUAAAGAUAGUGAUUUUAUACCAUUGCCUUUCCUGCUGGAUGCAGAAAUAUUUGCAAAAACUAACAAUUUAAUCACAUUUCGGUCAUUUGUGUCUGCUGUACACCAGGUUUUUAAAACCUUUACUACAUUGGUCAGAUGGCAUUUAAUUUUUAAACUGAGUAAUAAUCGGACUGUUUUAGUUCUGUUUACUUUUUUAUUGGCUCCAUUUUUGUUUCGUAACAACUUUAAAAUUGUGCAUUUGUCUAAAUGUUUUUAUGACUGUAUAUUACAUAAAAUACUUUGAAAUUACAUUCAUACAUACAACUGGCACUCUACAGUUCCCAGUGUAAAACCAUGGUGUCUAAAGUCAGACCAAACAAGCUGUAUUUUAAAUAAAUUUUAUUUCAUUCAGUAGCAUAA